UAGUUUCGCUGAAGUUAUUUGCUUAAGUACUACUUCAGCGUUUCCCACUCAUGUUGACAACAGAAGUUAAUCAGUCAACAGCAACAUGAAGGAUGUUAGUACUUCCGACAGCUAGACUCAGAUUUUAGCUAUUCAAUAUGUUUUCUCAUAGUUACUUUUAUAAAACUGUUAAUACCAAAUUCUAACCUCAAUCGAUCGUAUUCAACAUCCAAAUCAAACCUGUUCAUUUCUAAGAGAUUUUUGCACUCGCUGAAUUUAGGAAAAGGAAAUAUUUCGUUUCAGACAUUGUAAUCUUAACAUGAAGGUACUGAAUGUCAUAAGUUUUGGAUUUUUCCUAAUAAUUAACUCUAGGAUAUUGGCGUUUAAUAUCGACACGAAUUUUCCUGUAAUAUUUAAAGGAGAAACUGAUUCUAUGUUUGGAUUUUCGCUAGCCAUUGCAGAACAAGACUCCAAAAUUUGGCUUUAUGUUGGUGCCCCAAGGGGAAAUAAAUUAGUAUGGAAAAGUAAUAACUUUUCAUAUCAGAAUCGCGCUGGCAGUAUCCUUCUUUGCAAUGCUUCAUAUGUUUGGUCUGAUGAGAAAAUAUGUAAAGAGAUGGUAUUUCCUAAAGAAGCGGAAGUAUCCAUCCACGACAUGACAGGAUUCUCAAUGACCGUUGUACCACAGCCAAACACUGACAAGCCAAAUAAGAUUUUGUUUUGUGCCCCUUUGUGGUCGAAGAAAUUUUACCACCUUGGAAAAUGUUAUGAAGCUAAAAUUGGUGAGACAGUGAACAUUGCUCCAACCAUAAUCCCCCAAAACAUCUCGGUGGAUAGUCGAUUUGUUUACUUAUCAGCAGGAUUUUCUGUACAUUCCUUUAAGAUGGGUUCUUAUUUUGGUGCUGCUCUUUGUGCUGUGGAUAUUAACCAUGAUGGCUGUGACGAUCUUUUAAUCGGGUCUCCGAUGUACAAAACAAAAAUUGCAAUGGAAGGAAAAGUCGAUGUUUAUAUCAGCCAGUGUACUGCACGGAUAUCAUUUUGGGAUCCUAAAUCGCUGUUUGGAUCUAAGGGACGAAAUGCACAAUUUGGAAAUGCUAUUGCUGAAGUUGGUGAUUUGAAUAAUGACUUAUACAACGAUGUUGUGAUUGGGGCGCCAUUUGAAGACGAUAAUAUUGGUUGUAUUUAUAUUUAUAAUGGAGGAAAAGAAGGACUUAUCAAUGAUACAGUGCAAAGAAUUUGCGGAGGAGCUGUUAAAAGUCUCUCAGGUUUUGGCUGGAGUAUUUCAAAGUCGGUUGAUGUAGACAAAAAUGGUUAUAACGAUUUUGCAGUCAGUGCGUUGAUUUCCAACAAAGUUGCCAUUUUGAGAGGUCGUCCUAUCAUAGAAGUUUCGGUUGAUAUGGAUCUAAACAAUGCAAACUUGUCAGAAUCAAAUAUAAUAAAUAUUACUCUUAUUUUCUUAUAUAAUACUAAAUAUUCAUCUUCAAAUGACUUGGUAUUGGGCUAUAAACUGGAAGUUGAUACAGCCACAGUUCGUCCGAAUAAACGUUUACGCCUGAGUGACGGUGUUGGCUCAGAUACAGAGAUAGAAGAAAAAGUCACAUUACAAAGAAAUAAAAAUGUUUCCAAAACAUUCACUGCAGUUUUGAAAUCAAACAUUGCUGAUUUCUUUACACCACUCAAGUUCAAUUUAUCCUACUGUAUCCAUUCACAUAAGAAUUUUGUGGACAAACUUCGACCAAUUUUCAAUCGAAAAAAAGAUGUCUUGAAAGUACUUAGGUUCGAGAAGCAAUGUUUAUCUGAUGAUGAAUGCAAAGCUGAUCUCGUGUUAUUGAUGCGGCACACGGGCAAAGUAUUUGUAAACGAAACCAAAAAGAUUACUUUAGAAGUCACCAUUUUAAACCACCAAGACGACGCCUUUAGCACAACGGCUAUGUUUAAAUUUGGUGACAAAAUCAGUUAUUAUGGUAUGAAGAAUAUUGGAAAUGGUGAUGUGAGUUGCCUGGAACAAAGAGAGCGAGUAGAAUGUGAUGUCGCUAACCCUUUAAGUAAAGAGGGAAAAGUGGAAUUCUUGCUGGAGUUCAAAGUUUCAAUAAUUGUUUUAGAAGAAAUAGACCAACCUAUUGUUGUGGAUGGAGAAGUAAUGACACAAUCUGAAGAGAAACAUCCCAGUGACAACAUCAAACGGCUGAUGAUUCCUCUGGAAUUAAUAGCUGUACCAGAAUUAAAUGUGAAAACAGCAUCUACACCAGUGAAAUAUAACAAGGAAGAUCAAUUAUCUAUCAAUAACUCUGAUUCAUUUGUAAUGGCCACUGACUUCAUAAUCCAUAAUUUGGGACCGAGUUAUCUUCCAGAAACGACUGCCGUGUUUAGGAUCCCAAUGACUGUUCCUGGUGGAAACAUGCUUUUUACUUAUACAGAUAUACAUGUAACCAGAGAGAAUAUCAGCUUAGAGUGUGAUAUCAAAUCAGAAGAUAAUGGAACCAACCCAACCAUUUCACUUUUAACCACAACACAGAAAGAAGUUUCUACUUUACGAGCUGAAAAUCUUAAUAAAGAAUCCAUUGCUAAUGUCCAAAGAAAUAUCCUUGUCACCAAACAGGCGGUUACAGGUUGCCAAUUUGCUACAUGUUUAAUGGUGCGUUGUAAAGUUCCAGAAAUUGCUGCCUACAAACAAAUUAUUUUAAGCCUUCAUCUGAAUUUUUCAAACGCACAUGACGUUUUUAAGAUUCUUGAUUACCUUCAAAUCGCAAUAGACAUGGAGAUAAUUAACGAAGCAAACACAUAUUUGGCUCCUUGGAAGAGAAUUCAUUCAAUAAGAGUUCAGCUGUCUUUCUUGGCAGACAUGAUAUCCGGAAAACCUAUCAACUAUAUAUGGGUGGCUGUAGCCAGUGCAGCUGGAGCCUUUUGUUGUAUAAUGUUUUUGUGGUUUCUUAUAUGGAAAUAUCGUUGCUGUGUCACGAAAAUGCAACGCGAAAUCCAUGUUAUCAAGAGAGAAAGUAUCAAACGAAGAACCAGACGCCAGACAUCGCAUGAAGGAGUUCAAUACAAAAGUAUCGGCGGUGAAUGCUCUUCAAAACUGUAAAAUAUUAUUUGAUUGAAUAUUUCUCAAUGAAAAGGACUUGCAAACAUAUGAAAGUGGGAAAUUUAAAAGAAGGGUUAAACGAAUGUGUAUGUAAAAUAUUCAUAAAUUUGUAGCUAGAAAUUUUUAGUAGGCAAUGUUCUAUGUAUAGCGGUGAAAAAGAGUUGGCAACAUUUUAAAAGAGGCGGUAUCAAAGUAGUUAUAUCAAGUUUACGAUUGAAAAUAAAAAUUGUGCUGAUAAAAACAACGAAUAUUUCAAAUUACGAGGAAGAUAAGCAACAAUAAAAUCCAAUAUCAAAUCAAUAAAAAUAAUAUUAACCGAUGAUGUCGAAAAGAAAAUAUUUUAAAGUAUUAGUGUUCUUUUAGCUUAUUGUAUUUUAAAUCUUUAACAAAAAUCUUCUAAAUUAAAAAUUCAAAGAGUUAAGACAUAUUUUUACGGAGAUUUCUACCAAUGAGAUGCUUUCUUUCUCAGUAUUUGCAUAAGCGGUGAAAGUUUUAGGUAAAUAUUAUUCUGAUUUUUUCUCAAUAUUUUCCUGACAGUGGAUAAUAGUUGGAUCAGAAAUGAUUGAUGACAUCACGCAAAAGUAUUUAACUUUUCUAUCUUUGUCACACCGUGUUGAAAUCAUUGAAGCGUUCGCAAAAUAUGUUAGAAAUCUUAGCCAAAUUUCCUUAUAGUAUCCUAAAAAUCUUACGGAAGGAAACCCACAUUGCAUAAGGUAACUUUAAAUAUAGGUAAAAUGUUAAAAUGCAUUUUUUGUUCUUUGAUUAUGGGUUGGCUCAACCAGGGCUGACCUGGAGUUGAACUCCAGAUAUCAACUAUUUAAAAAUGAACUACUCACAACUAUUUUUUGUUUUGCUCAAAUUUAUAAGACGCUUCUAGAACUUAUUAACAUUUCAAAAAUAAAAAAAAAACACCAAACCCACUACUGAGAUAAAUUUUUACUUUCGUUAAUUUCUCUUUCAAUUGUUCUUACCAAUAGUCGAGAACAGUUUUCCAGGUUUUUAUCCGUCUAAACAAUGUAAUUUUUGAUGUCGUAGGUAGGCAUGUGCUUUCCUGUAUUCAUCAGAUAUUACCUAUUAUAAAUCAGAAGAAAAAUAAGUUAACGAGAAUAUCUCAUCCGUUUCUUUUUCCAAAGUCUUGCAAUUAUCGCUUCUUUGUUUACCUUCUAAUACAGCUAUGCUUUCUUUUUUUUUAUUUGGUAAAAUAAAUAAAAGUAAUAAAGAUUCCAUUCCAUAAUCUCUAA